AUGAUCGACGAACUCUUUCCUUACAACAAAUUCGCAAGCAAUUCCAUCUUGAUUGCGCAGAUAUUACUCUCCUUCGGGCCUUUGAACGAUACGGCUAUCAUUAUCAUGUUCCUGAUUGUAAGCCUUUCAUCUCUAAAGCGAAUAAGCUCAAGCGUUGGAGCUUCUCGAUUGCCAAUUGGGACCGAUCCAAAGAGUAUUGGCGGCGAGGACGAUUUACAGACGAAACAAUCACUCGAACGGAUAUCCUUCGUAGACGAAAAGUCCUUCGGAAACGAGGGGAAAGAAGGAGACUCGAUUGUAUCCAAUUCACGUUUCAUUCAGGCUAUAAAUCAGUUAUGGCGUGGGCAGCAAUUGGCUACGGAUACAAAUCGAAGAUAUACUUUUGCUCAUAUGAAGGAGAAGGGAAGGGGUUUAAUCAAAAGAAGUAUGCAAAUCAAAUUCUGA